AUGCAGACUUCUGCAGAGCCUGUAUACUCCGCGAGCUCGCCGCCGUUUAUUAUCGAUUCGGAUAUGUCAGGUAAUUUGGACUUGGACCCUGACUUUGAGUUCUUCGACUCCAGCUUCGAAGCUGCCAAUAGCCCGGGCAUAUUCCUAGCUGAAGAUUUCGCAACAGAUACAUCACAGUAUCUCAAUUUUGGGUCUCCAGCUCCGACAGCUAAGAGCCCACUGCCAGACAAGGCGCUGCUGGACACGUGUGUGCAACAAUCACUCUCUACGCCUUCCACAACCUCCUCUGCCGGUUCAUACAAAGAUUCAUCCUCGGAAUCCUCUGGAUACAAGCGCAAGUCGAGUUCUGAGUCGACGCGGUCAGCGCUGACUCCAGGCGACUUGAUGAUGACCGAUGAUGCGGAUAUGGGGGACUGGAAAAUGGAGGACCUUACGGGAGGAACCGACAUGUCAGCCUUUGGAGCAUACGAUGGAACUAUCAAUCCUGCUUCGAUGAGCAACAACAAUUUCGACUUCAACGAUAAGACUAUGGAGAACGAUUUCGAUUUCGAGAGCGCGGCGAGCAGUCCAAGUCCCUUUGGGAUGGGUCCAGCAGACUCACCGGAGAUGCCAACCAUCAAAUACGCUACGUCACGGAAGAAGUCACCGAUGUUGAAGAAUAAAUUAAAUAAGAGUCACAACAAGGCGAAUUCGCAACAUUCCGUAACCCAAUCUAUGAACGGACUUACUACCUCAGGUUCCCGAGAAGCUUCGCCCCUUUCUGCUAUGGUUACAAGCCAAGAAUCAUCACCUGCGGCUUUCUUGAAUACCUCCCCUUCUCCAGCUGCUGGCGUGGACUUCCAUAGGACAAUGUUAAGUGCUGGUCCUCCCAACUCAGCAUGGCCCAUUGGAUUCGAGAAUUACCCCCAGCAUGGACUCCCUAAUUUCCCUCAUGGGCUCAAUCCACACCCUAUGCCAAGAAUGGCACCCCCCCAAGGAUUUGCGACUAUUGGUGCUCCCUUUAAACCAGUCCUGACCAUCCACCCGACUCCCCUAAAGUCUCGCGUGGAAACUCAAAUCCCCAUAAAACUGACACUUUUUCCAAUGCCCUUGGGUGUCAGCAAACUUCAUCUCCCAACCCACACAAUAUCUAAGCCAAAGCUACUAGCAAAGCCCACGGCAGAGCGGUCAUCGGAUACCCUGGAAUUAUACACAACAUUAGUAUGCACUAGUGCUAUGCAGAACCCAGAAAACCGGCGGCGUGCCUUUGAACGGGCUGCGGCGGCGGCGGGGUCGACUCCGAAAGAAAAGCAGGAAGAUGAUGAAGAGGAUGAGGAGGACAAACCCCUGAACGGUGGCGAUGUAAAUAUCUGCUCUGGUUGUAUAAUUCGCGAGAGGAAACGAGCAGCCCGAAAGAAGGUGAAGAAGGUUGAAGAGGAAGAAUCUUGGCAUCAAUAUGAGGCUAAGCGUGUCAUCGUCUUCAACACUCAUGAGAUUAAGGACUGGCAAGCCCCUACAAGCCAACCAUCGACGGAAGUAACCGGAGACAGAGCAGAGCCAUUUGUACCCGAGGGUGCUUUGCAAGUGGAUGCACCGAUGAGAAUUGCAUGCUACUGCAGACAUCAAAACGAAAAGCAUGGAUUCCAGGUUCUGUUCACGAUCAAGGAUCACCAAGACCGCUUAAUAGCUCAGGAGAUGACUUCUUCUAUCAUGAUCACCGAUGACCACAAGACGCACAAUAUGCCACCCUUGACAACACAAACGUCAAAUGGUUCGGACGGACAGAUGUACUCUGGAUCAGGGUCAUUUCAAAGCGACGGGACGUUUGAUAUGAAUCCUAGCCCGGCAGGAACCAUGGCUCCUUUCCGCCUAUCUCAUUCCAGCUCAGAUUUGCAGGCCAUGGGACGAAACUUUAAUCCACAGCAGUUCACUCCUUCGAUGAGCCUUGCAGCUUCUCCGCAACCGUCACACUCCACCUCUACCACUAUGACACCUCGCAACCAAUCUCGCCAGACAUCACCAUCCACAACAUCAGGUCCCAUAUCAAAGAAAAGAAAGGCUAGUAUGGGGAAAGUCCCUACGACUCUAGCCAUGACAAGAUUGGAAACGGCACAACCUGGACCAGUAGCCCCUCCGGUAUCUCUGAGUGCAACAGCUUCCACUGCUCCAUCCCCAUUUACCCCUAGUUUUACCAAUUUCCCUCCGUCAAACGAGCAACAAUUUGGCCAGCCUUCGACAGCUAUACCCCAGCAAUAUAAUACAGGCCCUCCAACGCCGAACAGUAAUGACCAUAUCUUCUUUUCCAAUCAUAACAGAUCUCAAUCCGUGGAAAACUUAGCCUUAGCCCAGCAAUUGUACUCUGCGCCAACUUCAGCUCAUCCAAGUCGAGCCCCAAGCCCGAACGGAAUGAGGACCAGCGUACAGGCAUAUCAGCAACAGCAAGCUCAAAUAGCCCAAGCUGUUGCUAACGGGAUCUAUGGGAUACCCUUGAGCCUCAACCCACAUCGACCACCGACGAUACAUAAGUUGAUUCCGAAUGAAGGGCCCAAAGCAGGAGGCAUUGAGGUUACUUGCUUGGGAAGUGGGUUCUGCCAGGGAUUAGAAGUGAUGUUCGGCGACUCCAAAGCUACAACAACAACCUUCUGGGGUGAGACAUCUCUGGUCUGUCUCUUGCCGCCUGCCGCCUUUCCUGGCAUGGUACCUGUGACGUUCAAACAUCAACACCAGCAGCAACCAAUGCAACCCUAUCCCAAUCCACCUAUCCCCAAACAACAAGCAUUUUUUAAGUAUGUGGAUGACGAUGAACAACAAAUAAUUCGAACCGCGCUAUCGGUCUUGGGUCAUAAAAUGACAGGCAAGAUGGAAGAUGUUCGUGAUCUAGCUAGGCGGAUUGUUGGAGAUGGGCCUUCAUCAUGGGGUGCAUCAGCGGCCCAUUCCCCCAGCGGCGGCCCUUCAAGUCAGCAGGGUCCUGGCUUCAAUGCUGCAACGUUUGGUAUUGAUGUUGAGGCGACACUUCUGAAAUGUCUGGAUCUAAUCGAUCUUGAUGACAGCGCGAACAUGCCUCGUCUCAACCUCAGAAGAGCUUCUGGUCAGACCAUGCUUCACUUGGCUUGUUCUCUCGGUCUGCACCGUUUUGUUGCUGGGCUACUCGCUCGUGGUGCGAAUCCAGAACCUCGAGACAAAGGUGGCUUCACACCAAUGCAUUUCGCGGCACUACACGGCCAUCCCCAGAUCGUAAGACGUCUCAUGUUGAGUGGAGCUGAUCCAACUCUUCGAAGUCUGCAAGGCUAUACUCCUUCUGAUAUGGCAACGUCGGAAGAGGUACUCCGUGUUGCUCGCCGCAUCGAAUACCGUACGAGAACUCGCAGUGGUUCCUCCUUGAGAAGCAGAACUACCAGUGCUACAUCUUUGAGAUCACUCUGGGAGCCAUCAUCAACACUUGCACCGGCUGACAAUGCCCUCAGCGACGAUAGCGAUGAUGGCGACAAUGAGUACGAGGACGAGGAUGCGGACGCGGCUCUUGAUGGUGCUUUCUGGAUGAGAUCCAGAAGGCCCAGCGCCCAGAAGCCCACGAAAGAGGAAGUCGCCGAUGAGAAUGAUCCAGUCUUGGAGCUGCCAGAUCUUCCAACAGGAGGCCUCGCAUAUCCUACUGCAGCUAUGACUGCUAUCAGAGACCAGCUGAGCGCUAAUAUGCAGUACAUUCAACAAACAAUGCACCUCAACUUACCCCACCUCCCACAAAUGCCGAAUCUUCCAGAUUACCAGGCGUACCUACCAAACGCUCCUAUGGUUCGCCGUAUCAGUAACUUGGUAGGUAAUAAUCGACCAGAAGGCUCCAAAGAGCACGACUACAGAUGGUGGGAAUUCUUCUCCGGCACUGUUCCCGCCGCACCUCCAGCAUACGAAGAAAUCUUCCCCGAAGGAGAUGCAGAUACGAAGCGAGCAUCCGCAUCACAAGCAGCUGCUGACGCUGUAGCGGAUAACAAAUGUGCGGAACUUUUCGACCAAACCGAUAGCUCACAAGCCGAGAGCUCGACUACGGUACAAAAGAAGCCGGUACUGUUGAGCACGGUCAGGAUUGGGCAAAAGCAUACGAUUACUCGGGAACAGCAGGAUCAGUUGAGGUUGGCACAUGCGGAGAAGGUGAAGCGGCUUAGUCGCGAUAGGAAUCUGUUCUUUAUCUGGAUUCCUCUCCUCACAAUUAUCAUUCUCGCCAUGCUCUACAACCGCGUUCCCCAGGUCUACACGCGCGCCUCCAAAUUCCUAGAUGCGAUACGAAAUCGCAGGAACGACCAAGCUCGUAUCGUCGAAGUCUAA